GCAAAGAAAAAAGAAAAACACACACUUUAAAACAAUGCAAGAAUUAAAAGAGAUGAAUGUAUGGCAAGUUGAAGAUGGUAAAGGGGUAAUAGAGAAUAUAAAGAACGAUCAAAAACAAGAAAUUGACCCUUGUACAGCUCUUCAAAUAUUUCUUGAUCGCAUCCCUAUCAGUUCUAUCCCUGGCAUUCAAAAUUCUCCUGUUGUGAAUUUGAAAGCUGGAGAUAGUAUAAAAGAUUCAAUUCAGUUGUUGCAUGAGAAGAAUGUGUCUGGUGCUCCUAUUACUGAUGUUGGAAGAUUUUCAAAUCAAUAUGUGGGGUUUAUUGAUUUUGUGAGCUUAGUUCUUUGGUCUCUUGAGCAAUGUGAGAAGGCCCAUAUCCAAGCCAAGCACAAUAGUGGUGGUGAUGAUGGGACUGGUAAAAGUAGCUUCUUUGCCUUGCUUGAACAGAAUCCCGAAAUUGGAGAAACAAAGGUGGCAGAGUUAGCUAAGUCAUUCCUAUGGGAUCCAUUUUUCCCUGUAAAUUUGGAUGACACAUUGUUUCAUGUUCUGAUGCUUCUUUCAAAGCACCGCCGGCUGCAGGUUGUGCCUGUUAUAGAGCAAUUGGGGUUUCAAGUCAUUGGUUUUGUAACACAGAAUGCAGUAAUCCAGUUGUUGCUUCAAUCAAGUGGACUAGAAUGGUUCGAUGGCAUUGCAGACAAGGCAUUGUUUGAAUUCCGCUUCCCAAGUGAAGAACAAGUCAUUCUCACAUAUGGAGACCAAAGCAUAGCAGAAGCUCUGCACAUUUUGUGGGAAAGUCGAAUAGUUGCAAUUGCAGUUAUUAAUCGAGAAACUGAAAAGAUCAUUGGCUGCUUCAGUAACAGCGAUGUUUAUCUUCUUUUAGAGAAUGAUGAACUACUUGACAACAGAAAGAAGAUAACCGUGGCAGAAUUCAUUCAUAUGGAAACAGGAAACGCAGAUGCUGAUCCGGCCAUUGAACAAGACUUGGGGGCUCUCUUCUCAGCUGGAGCUCUUUGUCUAAAAAGCAGAUUCCUACCAAGAAUGCAUUGUCCGGUUACUGCCAAAAGAAGCGACACUCUCAAGCAAACAAUGAAGAAAGUAGCAGAGACAAAAGGCAAUUUUUGUUUUCUAGUUGAUGAUUCACAGAAACCAAUCGGCAUGUUCACAUUAAGAGAUAUAAUUAUUCAGUUUGCACCUCCUUGCAUAGAUUCAGGUGUUCAUGGAGGUGGUUUCUUUGAAUCUGCUCUAGAACAGACAGGGUGCCAAGUCAAAAAUGGAACCAUUGUUUGUGAUCAUUAACUUGUUUAUAAAUUAUCAGUUCAAUUUCAGUAAUAUUUGAAAUUACCAUUUUAA